GCCCAGAUCCCAGAGUUGUCAAUCACCGAGAGAGGCGGGUAGUGAAACCUGUUACAGGAGCAGCAUAUCUGGUUUUUUUUUUUUUUUCUCUUUUCUUUUUGGAAAUGCAGCUCCGCUGAGGCGCAGUGCUGCCAUCAUUAACCGUAAAGGAGAAGCUGGAAACAGAGGAUUAAAGAGUCCCUGUCGGCUGCGAGCGGAAAACAUGGCUCCUUUUCUCCGUGCGGGAGCGCUUGUUGUCACUGUGCUCAGUUUGCGCCUGCUCCUGUCAGCAGGCGCGCUGGAGACGGACACACCUGAACUCAUCUGCAGCGAGGGUCUCACAGACUGCCAAAUGAGCAGAGUGCCUUUCAGCAGUGCUCCACCUGAUCCAUAUGGCUCAAUGUAUAUUACACACAUUCAACUCAACGUCACUCACUGCCGCUCUGCUAACACAAGAGACUGUAAACCAUGUCUGCAGAUUGAAAUCAGUCUCCAAGAUAUCAAUUUCACACAGAGAAUUUCUGAGGGGUCAGGUGACGACAGCGAUGAGGAAGCUCUUGUGAAAGUGUGUCACUCCUACCCGAGUUCUUUCGAUCGCUGCAUGGCAGUCCAGUUUAAACCAGCCUACAUGAAAAUGGACCAGUCCUCCACAUAUAAGUUGCUGCUGAGGGAGACGGUGGAUUUUGAAACUCUUGUUGUGGUUACAGCAGAAUCAAAGGAAACAUAUGUUUACCAAAAUAUCACAAUUCCAGCUGCAAAAGCAGUCUGUCCCUGGAGCAUUUUACUAGAACAUGAUGUUCCCAGACUCCAAGUUGUGACUGAGCACAUGAGAAACAUGGUCCGGCUGCAGCUGCAAAAUACUACUGCCAUACAAGAGGUCUAUUGGGCAAUGACCUGGGAUGACGUUCACGGACAGCCUGUUAGAUGGCCCAUAGGCAAGAACGAAAUAGUUAUUUCAUCCGAUCUCAUUGCACCGUGCCUGUGCUUCCUGGUAUGGUUGGGUGACAACAACAUCAGAAGAAUGCACUGCCCUUUUACAAAUCAAUCAGAUACUCUGAGAAGAAUGCAGCGCAACGUGUCUGUGACUAUGGUUGAGACUCAGUUGAGGACCGGGGACAUGGGGCUGGGCUGGAAUGUAACCUCUCCCUGUAAAGUGAAGGCAGAGGUGCGAUUGUGCAAGAAAGACAUAGAAGGGGGCCAGUGCGAAGGAGUUACAGGCUCCAACCAGAAACUCAAGACUAAGAAUUGGACUGCUGCGCAGAGAGUACAUUGGCAAACAGGAGAGUUCUUUCUAUUGCCCCACCCUCAGCUUUGUGUGCAGGUUAAAUUUGAAGGGAUGGUCUCAUUCUCAGAGCCCCAGUGUCCAUUUGAAACACAUCGAGUGAGAUGGAUUCUGUCGCUUCUCAUCGGAUUUAUCCUGAUAUGUUUGGCCAUACUUGGAGUCUAUUUGAUACAAGGCAUUCUUAAAGGAUAUGUUUGGAAAUGGUUGAAGGAUGACGAUGUUAAAGGUGCAGUGGGUGGUAGUCAUGUGCUGCUGCUAUAUCCGCCUGAUGAUGAUGAGCACCUGCCAGAGCUCUUAUGUCACUUGGGCUCAUCUCUCCAGACUCUGGGCUUCACUGUGUCUCUUGACCUCUGGAGCCAGGCUGAGCUCAGUGUACUCGGCCCCGUGCCAUGGCUCCAUUCACAACUGGACCGUCUAAAACGGCAGGGUGGUAAAGUAGUGCUAGUCCUAACCCAGACCACGUGGACUAGAGCUGAAGAAUGGGGAGCCUGUAGCUGCAAGAAAAAUGAAGAGAAUAUCAGAGGAGUGGAAGAAGACUGUGCAGGAAGCUACCCUGUCUCUUCACGCCAUGUGGAUGUGUUUGGUGCCUCACUGAGCUGUAUUCUUGGAGACUAUUUACAGGGCCGCGCAGGUGAGCGGUUCAUGCUGGUGCAGUUUGAAUCGCUUCCUCCUGCACCUCCAGGUGGUUAUCGACCGCUUCCACAACUUUUUUGUGGACUCCAUGUCUACAGCCUUCCGUCCCAGAGUCUUGGCUUUCUGACUGAGCUGGCGGGCCCCAAGCAAACCGCCUCUGCAUCAGCAAGACGCAAAAGGGCUGGCGGGCUCCGGAUGGCAUCCAGAGCUUUUGCCAAACGGCUGUCUGGGUUUACUGCAGGUACAAAUGUGUUGCACCUUGCUCGGGUAUCUCCAGGUUGUGUUGGGGGAGAAGUGGAAGACUCUGGUGAAACACUACUCUUAGGAACCAGUUUAAUUACGCCACCGUCCAGCCCUGACAUAGUGGUCAGUAAAAUUGAAUGGGUCUGAUUACUGGGAAGGCCGGUAAAGGAAAAGUUAUUGAAAGCUCCAGUUAACAAAUAUACCUCACUUGAUGCACUAGGACAUUUAUCUAUGCAUUCAAUAUCUAUACCCAAGUAAUCCUGACUGAUUGUGGGUCUCUUAGUGCUUAUCUCCAACUGUCUCCCAGGAUCAUUGGGCAAAAGACCUAGGGCAGGGUACAUCCUAGAUGGGUUGCUGGCCCAAUAUAUGGAAAGACAGAAACACAAGACAAGCAAUCAUGCAUGCACAUACUGCCACCUACUGGCAAUUGAGAGUGAUCGUUUACCUAGCAUGCAUAUUUGUGAAAUUGUGAAGAAUCUGGAAAACCUACACAUGCAGGAGGAGGACAUUCAAACUCUACAUAAGGACGUGAUCAGAAAAUAGAGACUUAACAUCUAGAGUAAGUUUGAAGUGAACAGAAAACCUAACAUGCAUGUUUCUGAACUGUGGGAGGAAUCUGGAGAAAAUCCACACAUGCAUGGAGGCAACAUUGAAACUCUACGGUAGGACAUGUUCAGAAAAAGCAGCAACUGUGUAUAGUAAACACUAGGUCAGUAAAACUUGAGCUGCUGCUGCUUCAGAGAAACUUGACACAACACUGAAACAAGACAACCCCUGGAAAAACAAAAUGCAUAAAAAAAUAGAACAUCCUAGUAACAGUCUGCAAAUGGUGUGUGACGGUGAACUUGCAAAAGCAAAAUGGCAUUAAACACUCAAAUACAGGAAAAGAAGCAUCUAAUUCAAUUCAUACACUUCCAUUCAUUUGAUAUUUAUAGCAACUCUUCCACAGGGUCUGUGUAUUUCAACCUUUUUACUUGUACAUGAUAUUUUUGCAUUUGUCUAUAAAGAAUUCUUGCUAAUGUAUUUGAAUAAAUGAUUAAUUCUGUGACAUGAGGAAAAAUUCAGAGUAACGGUUAUUUGAAUGUUACAGCAUAGAUCACUGCACAGUUUAGCACUUUUCUGAUGCAAAUUUGAUUAGCAUGUUUUAAUCAUUAAAAUUGUUAGUGAGAGUGUGCAGGAGCAACAGAGGAGGAGUAUGUUGAUACCAGUUAUUGAAGAACAAGGUGGUCAUGCUGAGCUGUAGUAACUAAAGAGAUCAAUCUAAAAAGGCAUACCAAAAAGACGUAAAGAGUAGUUGGAGCUAGAUUAAGAAUAGAUGUGACUGUCAGCAAGCAGCACUUUGAUACUAUGGUCAUAAUCAACUUUAUUCGCCACGUUUGUGCACACAAACCAGGAAUGUGACUUUGGUUCCACUUUGCUCUCAAUGAAGACAUUUUAAAUAUCAAAAUGGAAAAUGAAAAAUAUUUUUUGUAAAUAUGUAUGUAUACAGUGUCUUUGGUAAAAACAAUGUAUGUAUAGUGUUUUUACCAAAUGUAUGUAUAGUGAGAGGUUGACAUGAAUAUUCGUGCAAAUAUUCAUGGUAUCAAUUGGGGCACUCUGUUAAGUGUUCAUCAGAGAGACCGUCUGGGGAAAGAAACAGUCUCUGAGUUAGUGAGAUGGAGCACUACAGAUGCAGUGUCAGAGGUAGGUAGAGUACCCAAAUAUUGUACUUAGGAGUAGCAUUAUUUCAACAUAUCUUUAUUUAAGUAAAAGUAACAAGUAGCCAUCCGAGAAAUUACUCGAGAGGAAAAGGAUUUAGUAAAAUGGCCACUCUAAUACUGAGUUACUGUGAACGUAACAUCUGAUAUAUUUCAAAAAAUAUGUAAUUGGACACAAAUGUUAUUUACAUAUUCUGGUAUUUAAAGACAAAAAAAAAAAUGCAAAUAACAUGAUUACAAAAUAAAUCAAAUUCAGGUAGUAGAAAGACUUUCCAAAUCAAACUUUUUCAACAUAUAACAUGGUUCACAAGGUUGUAGAAAAGUUAAAAGAUGAGUUCAGGCAGGACUUCAUUUGGAAUGCUCAUGGGUCUUAAAACGUGGUACAUGUGCCACUAAAUGUACUUAGAUUGUCUUCAAUGGUACACAGAAAAUGUUGCCACAAUGUCAAGAUAAAUAUGAACAUAUAAAUUGUGAUACAGGCCUUCUGAGCAUCAUUAGGCAAAAACCCCCCCAAAAAACGAGUUGUCCACGGAUGUUGACCUUCGUUUCUUUUAAACCCUCCCAAUUAAGAAACAUCCCGGAGAAAACUUUAGGAAUUCGCAGAACAAAAUUUAUCAAAAACAACAGUUGUUGGCUAAUUAUACUGGCGGUUGCAUUUACCUCUGAAUUCUAAUGUAAAUCUGGGGAUGGCAGCGAACCAAACUGAACAAUGUAGGCCAGUUGCAAGUCUGAAAACCAAUGAGAUUGGAUAAUUAAUAUGCUACGUCACUAGGCUAGCAAACAUUAGCAAUACAGCUAAUGCAAAUGUAUUUAUCUGUAUUGUCUACCCUUGGACACCAUUGGAAGUUGGUCACAUUGGUUGUACAUAGUUUGGAAUAUUUGAUUAACUAAACAUCAAUUAAAAUGUAAAUAAACUGUUUUUACUGCA